AUCAGCCAACGUUUAUUUGGAGAAAAUAUUCUUGGACUCUCUCAAGGAAGUGUUAGUGACCUUCUAGCAAGGCCCAAACCUUGGAACAUGCUUACACAGAAAGGCAGGGAGCCAUUCAUCCGUAUGCAGCUUUUCUUGGAGGAUCAGGAAUCUAUCCCAAAGCUUGUGUCAAACCAGUACAAAAUCUCCCCUGAUAAGCUGAUGAGAAAUAAUUCGUUCUCAUUGCCAACACCAACACAAGAUCCUGAUUCACCUCAAGACUUAUCAAAUCACAAAUCAUCAUCCAAGCCUUCGACUCCCUCUAUCGUUGAACCAGUUAAACGUGAGCGCCAACCCAGCAUUGCAAACAGCGACAGCUCUGACCCAGCAUUUAAACCAUCAGUAUUUGAAGUUGCCGCAAUGACUGCUGAACUAGACACACUUGCUAUCACAAGCAAAGUUCGCGAAGUUCUACAAUUUCAUAAUCUUGGUCAGAAACUAUUUGGCGAGGCUAUAUUAGGACUGUCCCAGGGUUCAGUCAGCGAGCUGCUGUCAAAGCCGAAGCCUUGGCCCAUGUUGAGCUUGAAAGGCCGAGAGCCAUUCAUCAAGAUGCACAUGUGGUUAACAGACCCUCACAACAUAGACAGGCUCAGACUGUACCAAACAGAAUUAAGAGCCCACAGAAGUCGAAAGCGGAGCUCUGAUGAUAGCAUUGAUUUCUCCCCAUCUAACAACAAAAAGCAGCGAGUUUUCUUUACAGAGGAACAGAAGGACUCGCUACGUCAAGCUUACAAUAGUGAUCCUUAUCCCAACCAAACCACUAUUGAGGUCCUAGCUGCUCAGUUAGGGGUUACCCCCAAGACAGUCAUAAACUGGUUUCAUAACCACAGGAUGAGAGCCAAGCAACAGAUUCACAUUACCAAUGGUGUGAAGGUUGAAUCUAAUGAUGAAUCAAAUUGUAGUGAUAGUGUUACUAGUGAGCGUUCCUUUCCCAUGGAACCUACACAGUGGAUGUUCCCCACUUUUGAGGCAGUCCCCAGUGGACGACUUUCCCAGAAUUCCUCCAUUAGUGAUACACCAACUGAUUUGCGUGUUAAACAUAAUGAUACCCCAGAUGCCCUCAUAUCAACCCCACAAGGAAUGAACCUCCCUGUGGAUUUAAAACCACCAACAGGUGUCAACAAAAGGAAGAGUUCCCAUCCACAAUGGGUCUUUCAAGGGCUAAGCUUAGAUAGAAGCAUCACUGAUACUACUGACAGUCCUGAUUCAACAUCUACUAGUCCUCCAGAACAUACUGCUAACAGUAACAAUGAAAAUGACUCAACAAAAGAGGUUUUACUCAAUGAUGACACAGUGAGUAACCACGGUGACCAACUCACUACAAAUAUUCAAGAUUCACAUAACAACAACAAGGAUGAUAAAGCACCUGAGUCUGUAAACAGUGGAUCAAUGGUUAAUGGUGACUGUGAAGAUUCAGACAAUGAACAGAGCAUUGAAAGAAUGGAGUUUUCUAACAAGUCAAACCAAGGUGGAAAUCCGUUGAUUGAAAAAAUGCAAAAACGACUUGAUACCAAUGAAAUAAUUUGGGAUGAAGUGAACAGAGAAGAAAAUAUAGAGAAACUCCAAAAUAAUAUUCAGACUGCAGAAACAGAAGAGGAUUGGGAGUUUUAAAAGACAUUGUGUAUCCAAUAUAUAUCCAAAACAAGAUACACUUUUAACUCCAAUGUAAAAAGCUUAUAUACUAAUUAAAUGUAUAUAUCAAGCAAGUUUAAUAUGUGAAUUGAUGACAAUUGCACUGGGUGUAAUAUCCCAGUUAAAUGUUUAAUUUGGUUGUGAGAUCUGAUCAAUAUAUAAAGGCAUUAAGAGCUUUACAUACCAUAAUAUCAGGCCGUGAUAUGACAUACAUUCUCAAAUUUCAGUUAAAUCUAUCGUAGAAUAAAUUAGGAGAUUUAUAUUUUUGGAUGGUAAUCUUUACUGUAAAUAACUGAACAGGGGUCUAGAUGGAACUGCUUUAUCAUUUAUGUUUUAAAAAUGUUGCAUUUCUGGAAACAAGGGGAUAAGUGCAAAACUAAAUGUUCUUGCCUAAUAAUAGAUUUGUGCAAUUCAACUUACACUGAGUAAAAUCCAAUUUGUCAUAUAUAUAAAAGAUCUGAUUUAAGUUAACGAUAUCUAUAUGCAUUGGAAGGAUGACAUUUUAUGAGGAACUCUGAUUGUAUUGAAGGAGAACGUACCUGAAAUCAUAUAUUGAGUUUUUAAAUUAUUCAGGAUAUAUGUUGAUCUUGCCGUUAACAUCACUUUGAUUAAAAAUACAAAAUUUACAAUUGUUUUUCAAAUAAUAUUGAUGUUGCCAUAAAUCUAGCAGUUUAGGACACAAAAGUGCAAUUUUCUAACAAGUGGCCUUCUAUAUAGAUAAUUAGCAUGUAUGUUGAUCUCAAUGAGAUAGUAUAGUCAUAUAGCCUACGCAUAAUUUUCUACUUCAUUGGCACCAUUUGAUGUGGUCGAAGUAUUCUUAAGAUGUACAUUGCUGUAUGAUCUUUGCUUUCUUGAAGUGUAAUCAGUCAUAUUUUGAUUUACAUUGAUUUCAAUGGGCUUUUUAUUGUGUUAAAUAUUACACAAUGAUGUGUAUAUAAAUUGCAUACAACCCUGUUGAAAAAAAUUUGAUUCGGUUUAUUCAGUUUUAAAAACAACUCUUAGAAAUGGCCAAGGCAUUUGGUAUGCAGUAAGAACUUACAUUUAGAAACAGGAAAUUUGGAUGGACCAUUUCUGGUUUAUUUUGUAUAUAAUAUACUACUAUAAUAACAGCUCAGGGCCAUUUUCUCUUCUAAAUAUGUUUUUUAUUAAAUCAAUGCAGCUACAAUAAUUGUUCUGCAUCAUCAUAAUUAAAACAUAACAUGUGAAUAUACGAUUGAUGAAUUGGUACAAUAUUACCUUUUUCUUAUUCUUAGAUGAUAAAGACUAUUCAAAAUAAAUUGUAUGAUAUUGUAUCUCCAGCAUAAACUAAUAUACCUGU